AUGGCAGACAGAUUCCCGUCCCUCGAGGAGUUUGACUCCGGUGCGCAAACCGAAGCCAAAGAAGAUUCAGGAUUCGAGCCUGCGGGCGCUGACGAUUUCCUCUCCCGCGAGAAGGCGCUAUUGGGCGAUGAUGCAGAUCAAUUCGCGACUGGCGAUGAUAAUGCCGCGUUCUUAGACGGUGGAGAUGAUGAUCUUUUGGGCGGUGGUGGACGUGAAGGCGGCAAUGAUGAGGUGACUGAGUUCGAGAGCUCUUUCCCCGCCAUUGACACACAGAACGAGAGUGUAGCCCCAGGCGGCACCAUCACCGGCACAACCGCCCCCUACCAACCCUCCUACCAGUCCUACGCCGCCGAGGAAGAAGAGCCCGAAGUUAUCAAGGAAUGGCGCGAACGCCGCGAUCUGGCCCUCCAAGACCGCGCCGAGAAAUCCGAAGCCAAGAAGCAAGAGACCAUAAAGGCCGCCCAACAGAACAUCGACGACUUCUACGAGAACUACAACUCCAAGAAGGAAAAGAGCAUUGCGCAAACUCGUCGCGAGGCUGAGGAAUUCCUCGAGAAGAGAGAAGAUACAAGUGCCGGCGGUACCAGCUGGGAGAGAAUUGCAAAGUUGGUUGAUUUGAGUGGUAAGGGUGCUAAAGGCGGUGCGAGUGGAACUGGCAAGGAGAAGUUCAGGGAGUUGUUGCUUAGCUUGAGGAAGGAUGAGAAGGCUCCCGGUGCGACUGGUUAUUAG